AUGGUAUACGAGCUCGUCUUCAAUGAGAUGGAUAAUUUCGACGGCGACAGCAGCGACUCGGGCUCCGAAUACAUGAGCAUUGACGAUAGUAUACAACGCGCGAAGCAUAUCACCAUGCUUAAACAUGGCAAACGUCUGCCGCCCUGGCUCUUUUUCAAACAGAUGCAGACCGUUUGGUGGAGAAAGGUACGCUGAGUCUCAGAACCCACUGUCUGUUCCUCACAUGACUAACGGGUGCGUAUCUGCAGUGAACUACAGGCGGAGCCCCGCCUGAACAGAGCGGGAUCGUAUCGCAAAUUUGAUUCGUAUUACAAUUUGAUCAAGCGCGAUAAAGAUUUGUACAAAUCAUGCUUGGAAGCGUUCAAUGUUACUGGUGGGAGCCGUCCGGACGAAGAGACUCGAGAAGAUGACGACCGCCCAAGCCGCGUGAGUUGGGUCCGCGUCCCUGCGCGCGUGCGCCCAUGCGCGCCAUAACACUCAUGUCUCUGAUUGUGUUUUGAUAAUAUUAUCUCAGGGCGAACUACUUGCGGACCAAGCCAACCAGGCUCUUCUCAAGUUCUACACCUCAGAAUGGUUUUCAUACUGGGAGGAAUCUCCGGUCAAGGAUACCGAGCACCUGACGCGCGACUUCGCCCUGACGGAAUUGGGUGGUGUAGUUCCCAAGAACACGCGGAAGCGAGCGAAGCCCCAGUCUUGCACCGACGAGGACGACGAUGAGGAAGCGCUUCAGGACAAAGAAACUCUUGCCGCGGAGGAGGCUGAGGACGAAGACACGCGUCGCAAGGUGAUCAAAGGGAAGGGGAGGGCUCGAGCCAAGGUAAUUUGCGCGUCGUGUCUGGAUUUGAAACAAGACCGUGCCUGACUGACGUGCUUCGGACCCUUACAUUACUAUGGCAGCCGCAAUCUUCCGCGAACAACGAAGACCCUGUAUUCAAUGGAUUCAUCAAGACCAUCACCGAUAUCGAGAAGGGCCGUUUUCAGAAUGAGACGGUAGUUGCCGAGCACGCCGCCGCUAAGGCGAAGAUUGACGCGGAUGAGGCAAAGGUGAAGGCGAAGGACGCUCGAUUUGAGGUUAUCAAACGUUGGACGGAACGACUCCAGGCUUUCAAGGAUGAAGGUGAUGUUGAGCGUGAGGCCAUAGCCAGGGCGCGGUUGAAUCGCCUCAAUGACGAGUUGCUUGAUGAAGAUGACUGA